GGGCGGGACGACCGUGGGCCCAGAGCACAGCGGUCGGCGACCGGCAGCGAGAGAUCGUGGGCGAGGGGAGCGCGACAGUCGCUGCUUGGGAGAGAUCGGCGCUCGGCUGGGCAAGCGUGAGCCUGGGAGAUGGCAGUGAUGGAGAUGGCCUGCCCAGGCGCUCCUGGCUCGGCGGUCGGGCAGAAGAAGGAGCUCGCCAAGGCCAAGGAGAAGACCCAGGCCGCGGGGAAGAAGCAGAGCCCGGCCAGCAAGCUGGAGGCCGUGGAGAAGAGCCCCGUGUUCUGCGGGAAGUGGGAGAUCCUGAACGACGUGAUCACCAAGGGCACAGCCAAGGAAGGCUCCAAGGGGGGGCCGGCCGCCAUCUCCAUCAUCGCCCAGGCCGAAUGUGAGAACAGCCAAGAGUUCAGCCCCACCUUUUCCGAACGGAUCUUCAUCGCGGGGUCGAAACAGUACAGCCAGUCUGAGAGCCUCGAUCAGAUCCCCAACAAUGUGGCCCACGCGACCGAAGGCAAAAUGGCCCGUGUGUGCUGGAAGGGGAAGCGUCGCAGCAAAGCCCGGAAGAAACGCAAGAAGAAGAGCUCGAAGCCCCUGGCUCCGGCGGGAGCGGCCUUGGCCAGACCCCUGCCCAGGACCCCCGAGCAGGAGAGCUGCACGGUGCCCGUACAGGAGGACGAGUCCCCCCUUGGCACCUCGUACAUUAGGAGCGCCCCCCAGUUCACCAAGCCGCUGAAGGAGCCGGGCCUCGGCCAACUCUGUUUUAAGAAACUCGGGGAGGGGCUGCGUCCGGCGCUGCCUCGGUCGGAACUCCACAAGCUGAUCAGCCCCUUGCAGUGUCUGAGCCACGUGUGGAAGCUCCACCACCCGCAGGACGCGGGCCCGCUGCCCCAGCCCGCUCACCCCUUCCCCUACGGCAGACUUCCCGGCCCCUUCCCCUUCCACCCUCUCCAGCCCUGGAAACCUCACCGCCUGGAGUCCUUCUUCCUGAGCAAGCUGGCCGGCGUGGACAGCCAGCAGCCCCUGCCCGGCCCCCCGCUGGGCAAACUGGCCUAUGUCGACAGUCAGAAGCCCCUGCCCGGCCCACCCCUGGAGCCCGGCUGCCCUCCCCGCAGCACUCACGAGAAGUCUUCUGUGGAGGAGUACCUGGUGCACGCUCUGCAGGGCAGCGUGAGCUCCGGGCAGCCCCACAGCCUGGCCAGCCUGGCCAAGACCUGGACGGCGCAGGGCUCCAGGCCCCCGGAGCCCAGCCCCAAAGCCGAAGACAGCGAGGGGGUCCUACUCACCGAGAAGCUGAAGCCGGUGGAUUACGAGUACCGGGAGGAGGUCCACUGGGCCACGCGCCAGCCCUGCCUGGGCCGAGGCUCCUUCGGGGAGGUGCACAGGAUGGAGGACAAGCAGACCGGCUUCCGGUGCGCCGUCAAGAAGGUGCGAGUGGACAUGUUUCGGGCCGAGGAGCUGACAUCGUGUGCAGGGCUGGCUUCACCCAGAAUCGUCCCUUUGUAUGGAGCGGUGAAGGAGGGGCCUUGGGUCAACAUCUUCAUGGAGCUGCUGGAAGGUGGCUCCCUGGGCCAGCUCAUAAAGCAGAAGGGCUGUCUGCCGGAGGACCGGGCCCUCUACUACCUGGGCCAGGCCCUCGAAGGGCUGGAGUACCUGCACACCCGCAGGAUCCUGCACGGCGACGUCAAAGCUGACAACGUGCUCCUGUCCAGCGACGGGAGCCGAGCAGCCCUCUGCGACUUCGGCCACGCGGUGUGCCUUCGACCCGAUGGCCUGGAGAACUCCUUGCUCACAGGGGACUACAUCCCCGGCACGGAGACGCACAUGGCCCCGGAGGUGGUGACGGGCCAGCCCUGCGGCGCCAAGGUGGACGUGUGGAGCAGCUGCUGCAUGAUGCUGCACAUGCUCAACGGCUGCCACCCCUGGACCCGGUACUUCCGAGGGCCGCUGUGCCUCAAGAUUGCCAGCGAGCCCCCGCCCGUGCGGGAGAUCCCGCCCUCCUGCGCCCCUCUCACCGCCCAGGCCCUGGAGGAGGGGCUGAGGAAAGAGCCCGUGCACCGCGCGUCUGCGGUGGAGCUGUGGCAGAAGGUCAGCCUGGCGCUGCAGCACGUGGGGGGUCUGAAGAGCCCCUGGAGGGGGGACUGCAGAGAGCCCGGCUGGCCGCCCUCGCAGCACGCCCGCCCGCCACCAAGCCCGGCCUGCUCUGACCAGGUCCUUCCAGCCCAGCCGGGGGAGCUGCCCCCAGAUGCCUGGGGGCCCCAGCCAGCCGAGGACACCACAGGCGGGGCCCCCAAGCUCCAACCUCCGCUACCUCCAGACCCCCCCGAGAGAAACAAGUGUCCGAGCCUGACGUGGGGCAAGGAGGAGUCCGGGAUGUGGGAGCCCUUGCCCCUGUCCUCCCUGGACACGGCCCCCGCCAAAAACCCCAGCUCGCCGGAACGGAGGGCGACCUUCCCGGAGCAGGAGCUGCAGCAGCUGGAAAUAGAAUUAUUUCUGAACAGCCUGUCCCAGCCCUUCUCUCUGGAGGAACAGGAGCAGAUCCUCUCAUGCCUCAGCGUGGACAGUCUCUCCUUGUCAGACGACAGUGAAAAGAACCCAUCGAAGGCCUCCCAGAGCUCACGAGACACCCUGAGCUCUGGCGUGCACUCCUGGAGCAGCCAGCCCGAGGCCCGCAGCUCCAGCUGGAACAUGGUGCUGGCCCGGGGCCGGCCCACCGACACCCCGAGCUAUUUCAAUGGCGUGAAAGUCCAAAUACAGUCUCUCAAUGGCGAGCACCUGCACAUCCGAGAGUUCCACCGGGUCAAGGUGGGGGACAUCGCCACCGGCAUCAGCAGCCAGAUCCCAGCUGCAGCCUUCAGCUUGGUGACCAAGGACGGGCAGCCUGUACGCUAUGACAUGGAGGUGCCAGACUCGGGCAUCGACCUGCAGUGCACCCUGGCCCCAGAUGGCAGCUUCGCCUGGAGCUGGAGGGUCAAGCACGGCCAGCUGGAGAACAGACCCUAGCCCGGUCCUGCGCCACCGGCUCCACUCAGCCAGCAGCGGCCGCCCUCGGUGCCCAGUGCUGCCGCCGAGACUUGGGCUCGGGCCGCUCCCAGGGACCCGGGCAGUGGGACCGGGGACAAAGCGGACACCGGCAACAUGCCUCCCGGGAUUCCCCGCCCGUGUCCUGCCUGACCCGCCGGGAGAACACCCCGAGCCCGUGUGAGCAGGAGGCGGAGGAGGAGGAAGGCAGGAGGCCUCUUCCCACAGGGAACAGAGAGGGUCUUCUCUGCCCUGGUCCAAAGAGCCUGGCCUGACCCCUUUGCAUCAGUGACCGCUUACCACCAGCAGUCAGGGGAGAGCAGGUUCCGGCUCGGGUGGGGGAGGGGCAGGUGAGCCCCUAGGCCCCCAGGCAGGUGUGAGCGUGUCGGGGUCGAAAGACCUGCACCCCGUGUCGGAACAGGGCCAGGCAGUGGGAGUGCCUACCCUUGGACAAAGAAGGGGCCCUCUAAUCCCCCUUCCUGGCCUUGCCUGGCCAUCCGCCCCUUUUAGACCCAGGAACUGUCCGACAGAGUCGGGGGGAUGGGGGGAACGCCUGACCCCGGGACGUCUCCCUGGCAGCGGACGCCACACUGGUCGUGGCGUUGCGACACAGGUCCUGUGCUGGACUCAGCAUCAGCGAGGGGCCAAAGCAGGUGUUUGAGUGACACAGUUCUCAGUCCCCAGGGACACGCCCCUGACUCUCCGGCACUCAGUCCUCUCAUCUGUGAAAGCGAGGGGCGAGUGGCCUGGGACCUCCCAACGGGAGGCGUCUGCGGACAGGGCAGACCCCCAGGAGAGAGAGCGGCAGGUGGGGGCGCUGCUGCUCCCCGAGCCACGGUCUUCCACAUCUUGCACGCCAGCUUCCUAAGCCACAGUCCGGGCAUCAGGCCCUCACUGACCCUACCCUGCCCCUGGUCCCAGGGGCGCUGCCAGCUGCACUUUGCACUCUGAUGACCUCAAAGCACUUUCUUGGCCGCCAUCCCGGAGGGCGGGUCUGUCGGUUCUGCAUGAGCACAGGCAGACUAGGAGAUGGGGUGCAGGGACCCCACACCCCGUCUCCACACAUGUGACCCAAAUACCCAAAUCUCUUUGAGAGGAAGCCCCCCCCGCCUCCAUUCCUCUCUGUUGCCCCAGUCCAGCCUUAUAUCUGGGGGGGGGGGAGCCGAUUGAGACUCAUGUAGCAUUAAUCAACUGUGAAUUGUUGAGGGUGAGGGGGCCUGCGAGAGUCCUCCUUGGGAAGAGCUUGACCCCGUGACUUGCCAAGGUGCCUUCGGUCCAGCUGUCCCCGUGGAGCCACGCCGCUCCCCAGGGAGAGGCCCCGGCCCCCAGCACCCCGGGAAGAACUGCAGCCCGGCCCCCUCGGGGCUGGAGUUGCAGAGACCUCUGUAAGCAAUCAAGUUCUGUAAGCAAUCAGGUUCUGUAAGCAAUAAACUUCGGGUAACAACAU